AUGCAAAAUCCAGAGGUCAUCAUCAUCGGCGGCGGGCUCGGCGGCCUCUCACUCGCCAACGGACUCUACAACAGAGGCAUCUCCUUCCAUGUCUUCGAACGUGACCGUACCGAGCACUACCGUGCCCAGGGCUAUCGCAUCCGCGUUGGUGGUCCUGCUAUUGACAGUCUGGACUACCUGUUGACUCCGGAAGCUAUGGAACGAUUCAAUCUCUCGUGCGCCGACUUCUCCAUGCAUCCCAUCCCAGAGAUUGAUGCCGAGAGCGCCAAAGUGUCUGAGCCCAACGUACCAAUGCCAGUUCUCCCGGAAGGCCUGACAUGGAGCGGACUUCUGAAGAAAGCUCGUUGUGUCGAUCGAGCAGCUAUGCGGGAAGUUCUUAUCAAGAGCAUCCCAGCCGAGCACAUCUCUUACGACAAAGUGUUUACUCACUAUAAGGAAUUGGAGGACGGGGCUGUCAAAGCCUUCUUCCAAGACGGAACCACGGCAAUUGGCAACUUACUUGUUGGGGCAGACGGCCGUAGCUCUCACGUUCGGCAACAACUUCUUCCAGACCUGGACAUCGAAGACUGCGGUGGCAUGUAUGUCUAUGGCAAGACGUACAUUACGCCAGAACUCAUGAAGGAGCUUCCUAGCGCUGCGCUCGAUCGCAUGUCAUUCAUCAAAGACCGCGCACACGAGCAUAUCGUCAUAGGCGGGCUAGAGCCCAUCUCCUUCUCCAACGCUACAGAGCGCCAAGCAUGUGGCCUCAGCGUACCGAGAAGCUAUCUUUUCUGGGCCAUGGCAGCUGCACCAGAAGCUCUGGGGUUUUCGCCCGAAGUCCAGAUCCAGCUCACUCCAGACGAGUCCGCAAAGCAUAUGCGGGGGCUGAGCGAGCAUUGGCAUCCUUCCCUUCGAGCGGUGAUCGAGCAGCAAGCCCCCGGACAGACGAAUGCGCUGAAGGUGACGAUCGUGAACAAGGAUUUCGGCAUGAACGGAAGCCGAGAAAGAUGGCGUCGUCACUUUAAACGACUACAAGGAGAUGAUCACUACAUACGAAGCUACCAUGCGCAAGAAUGCGGGAGAGGCAGUAUGAAGCGUGGGGAGAACGAGAUACAUAUGGGUGAGAUGGCGAUGAAGAUCAGGCAGAAGAACAUGAUGAAGAUGUAA